AUGACUGUCUGUGCUGCGAACGGCUGUAAGAAUCGCCUGUCAAAAGGAUGUGGCAAGCAUUUUUUUAGAUUUCCGAUGAAAAAUCCUGAGUAUCUUGCCAAAUGGCUUGCGGUGCUUCGCCGUGACAAGUGGAAGCCAUCAAUAUACAGCAGACUAUGUAGUGACCACUUUACAGAAAAUGAUUACAUGCUGCGACCGGGAGCCUCAUUUCCUUAUCUGCGCCUGGAUGCUGUGCCUUCCAUUAUUGAUGGGGUCUGUAUAAAAAAAGAACCAGUGAAGAAGCCUCCAAAACCAAUAGAAAAUGCUCCAUCUACCUCAGUCUUGCCUAACAAGCCACCAUGUAGUACACCUGCACCAGAGGUGGUCACAGUUGAUGAGCACUCCUAUUCUGUUAUUUCUUAUAAGGAGGUGGUCCAAACUCCAAAGGUAGAUCCUGUUCUGGUUAAUUUGAGGAGGAAGAAGAACACUUUGCAGAAACAAGUUUUAAGGCAGAGGAACAGCAUAGUCAGCCUGAAGAAGCUGAUUAUGCAGCAGCGAAGCAACUUGCAGGGAAAUGAUCCUGUGCAACUCAUGUCAAAGUACUUCAAAGGAUUAACGUUGGAUAUGUUUAGACAUUUGGUUCAAAAUGGAAAGAAAAACAAAGGAGUACAAUUCUCCAAGGAGGUCAAGGGGUUUGCUGUUACUCUAUAUUACUAUUCCCCAGUAGCUUAUGAACUUUGCCAGCCAGUCCUUUGUUUACCAGAUUUGGAGACUUUGAGAGAAUGGAUGCCUUCAGUAGUGGACAUGUCUCAUUCUGGGGUAGUCAUUCAGACAGAGGAAGCCAGCUAA